AUGUACGCUCGUGGAGAUACCUGGGCCACCUUCCAACCACACGACGAUGAAAAGCUUGAGAAGAGAUGGCAGCAGCUCGGCGGAGAGGGGUGGGCGCGACAACGUUGCAAGCAACAAGAUCAAGGUAAAGAUGAACAGGAGCAGUCCACCACAUCUUUUCCUCGAGCACCACCCUCCGGUGUAGAUGCUAUUCAAUCUGCUCUUCAUGGCUCCACUGACGUCGCAAAGCGAGCGAAGGACAAGGCCAAGUCUGCAAGCAACUCAGCAGCAAGUCAAUCAUCUUGGUCAGAACAAACACCCUCAUGCUCUUCUUGGCUCAGUGGGCUGCGCAACUAUAUGUCCUUCGCUGGACAGGAACGCAGCAAGCACGAUCGAGAUUCGCAAGCAGAGUCAAACAACCAGGGCGACAAGCAGAAGAAAGACUCCGACAAGGUCCAAGUCAACUAUAUCCUUGAUCCCGACCAGCCCGAAACUGGGCGGAAGGCCAAAGUAGAGGUCAUGGAAGACAACCUGUUCGACGUCGACCUAGAGUCUAUGACUCUCUUUCCUUGUUUCUGGAAGGGUGUCGCACUGAAAGUUGUUCGCGCCACUUGGUUCUAUUCAAGUCUCACGGAUUCCUCGUACGUCCCCAUCAGCUGGGACGACGCUCUGUCUCGCGACCUGGACAAUGCUUACUCUCAAGCUCAACCCUGGCUGCAUUCCACAGAGGACAAUGAGAAUGACGGUCCGGAAGUUGAAGAGGAGACAGACAAGUCUAAUCUCUACGCACUUCCCAGCAUGAAGGACAAAGGUUGCGUUUCUUUUCAAGACGCCGAGGUCGGUCGAAUCUUCUCCCAGGACCUGCGCGGACGCUUCUUGUCGGUCGUCGGUGGAUCCAUUGUCGUCAGAGGCUUCGAUCGGGCUGAAAAGAUUGCAGAGAAGAAAUCCUUCAGCCCCCUUUUCAAUAUCUCCCUGCCCUGGGCUGGCGAUGAUGAGAAAGAUGGCGCUUCACGAAGCAAAGGAUUGUCCACGUACACCGAAGCUCAAAGAAAGGCUUCCAGCGCCGGAGCUCAAUCUGUAUCCAAACGCGAAGGUGCAGCACAGACUGCCUCCAAGCCGCCAUCCGGAGGAGGUGCCGACGGAUCGAAUCAGGCGGAUCCCUCGACGAAUGGAGACAAGGAUGAGCGAAGGUCUUUUGCCGCAAAACUUAUACCGUCCAGCGAUGCUGCACUCAGACCUCUCGUAAGGCUCAAGAAGCUGUUCGGAUAUGACGAGAAUGAAGCGGCAGAUGAGGAGAAGCGGAAAGUCAAGCAGCAAAUGACUGAAGAUGAGCUUGAUCGACAGAGACGUUCCGAGAAUGAUCUUGACUUAUUACCGGACGACCGCAAGGAUGAGCCUCCGGAGCUCGUUUUCGCCAUCCACGGUAUGGGUCAACAGCUCACGGAGGACUUCGAGGCUCUUGACUUCAUCUAUGACGUCGAACAUCUUCGCAAUCUUGCCAGCGAGAAUAGCAGCGAUCCUGCCAUUCGCCGCUUAUCACGAGGUCGCCGUGCCCAAUUCCUCCCCAUCUGCUGGCGCAGGCAUAUGGAGUUCAACGACAGGCCCGAAGGCAACGACAACUUCUACACGCUAGACGAUAUCACCAAUAGCGCUGCGAUUCCGUUGGUCCGGAAUGUCAUCACCAAGGUUGUCCUCGACGUACCCUUCUAUCUCUCACGUCAUCGCCAGAAGAUGAUCGAUUCAGUCAGGUCUGAAUUGAACCGGACAUACCGCCUUUUUUGCAGGCGGAACCCAGACUUUGAGCGUCUGGGCGGCCGUGUGUCAAUCAUUGGUCACUCCUUGGGCUCAGCGCUAGCAGCCGAUAUCUUGUCAGCACAGCCCUCCAAGGUGGCUCCCCUCGCACAACAUGCAGAUCAAGAUCUACGUCGCAACGAUUGCCUUCACUUCAAUACCAAGAACCUCUUCUUGAUAGGCUCUCCUUUAGCCUUCUUUUUCCACCUUGACGGUGGCCAAUUCAUUGCGAGGAGUGGGACCGAUCGUCAUCCUGAUUGCGAAGUCGAUUCGGACGCCGUCCACCCCGAGGCGGGCCGUUAUGGCUGCCUUGCUGCCGAGAACGUUUACAACUGUUUCAAUCCGAACGACCCUGUGGCGUUCCAGCUGGCUCCAACAGUCGACUCAGCCUAUGCGAAGCUCGUGAAACCCAUCUCAAUCGAGAACGCCACGGAGGCUUUGCUUCGAAGCUUGGCUCUGCCCCGCAUCAGUGUCAGUCGCAUCUUCGAAAAGUAUAAGGAUCACCCUUUCCAAGGUGUCGGCAAGAUCAUUAGACAGGCUAAAAUACUUAAAAACGACCGAGGAGUCCUUCCAGCUGACCUAUCCCGUGAUGAGAAGGAGCAGGUUAAAGACAGAGAGAUAGGCCAACGAGUCGUCGAGGACUCUGACUACAUCGACAUUGUUCGCAAGUGGCAGCAUCUCCAAGAGGAAUCCUCUCACUCGUCUCAAGCUCCUUCACCAAAGGCUCGUCAGAUUCAGACGGAGUUUGGGACCCGGAAAAAGUUGCUUCAGCCUGAAGCAGCCAUUCAUGCUUCAGCCCUAAGUGAGGAGUCGGUCGAGGAGGGCUUUGAUCUGGACUCGCUCGAGCGUGGCGAACGUCGCUUCCGUGCUCUCAAUCCUCAUGGGUGUAUCGACUACCAUCUUUCGGCGAGUAUCAGUCUCAGUGGAUACCUCGACAUGUUUGGAGCCCACCUUGCGUAUUGGACGCAUCGAGACUUCGCAGUGUUCGCACUGACGCAGCUUUUCAUGGACUUCACAAAGAAGGAUGAGCUCACGCUUGUGCCCGAGCUGCAAGCCGUACAGAGAGGCGACAGUGACGCUGACGAGGCAGAAGGAGAAGAAGAGGAAGAAGACGACGACGACGCGGAAGACGACAACAAUGGUGACGAUCAUGCAGAAUGA